AUGAAUGUCACGGUGGAUGUUAUUGUCCUUAGGAAAUGGGGCCUCCUUCAGAUAUCUGUCCACCAGUUUGAUACCAAGAGAAGACUUCAGGAAGAACCACAGUGCUCCUACAGACCCAAGUGUGUAGCUGCUAAACUUAGUAGAUGUGUGGACAUCCUUUCUCAAGAUGAACAGGUUGCCAAGCAGGCUGUAACAGUUGUGGGACCAGUAUCAAUUGAUGCCAGGCAUUUAUCCUUCUGCUUCUAUCAAUCAGAGCUGGACACUGAAUGGGAACUGUUUAAGUCCACAUAUGGAAGGAACUAUACUGAGAAGGAGGAAUCUUUUAGGAGACAGGUGUGGGAGAAGAACCUGGAGUUCAUUAAUGAUCAAAAUCUCCUGUAUAAAGAAGGGAAGCUGAGCUACUACCUGGAGAUGAAUGAUUUUGGAGACAUGACUGAUGAAGAAUUCAAGGAAAUGCUGAACCCCAAGAUGUCACCACCAAGGAUAAGGAGAGAUACCACCACAGCCACGAUUUUUUCAAAUUUUUCUGAUCCUCCCAAAUCAAUCGACUGGAGAAGGCUUGGCUACAUGACCCCUGUUAGAAAUCAGAGGAGGUGCGGCUCCUGCUGGGCAUUUAGUGCAACUGGAUCUCUAGAAGGCCAGCUCCUCCGGAAAACAGGCAAACUUGUAGAACUGAGUAAACAGAACCUGAUUGACUGUUCCAGAUUCCAAGGCUGUAACGGGGGAAGUGCCAUUGGUGCUUUCGUUUAUAUCAAAAGAAAUAAGGGCUUAGUCUCUGAGAAAUGCUACCCUUAUGUGGCCAAGGUAAAUGAAGCUACACCCUGCAUUGCCAGCCUUGAGUGGGCUGGCCAAUUUUGCCAAGACUGGGGAAACAAAAAUAAGAAGUGCUCUUAUAACAAGGAAUGUGCAGUUGUUAAAAUCAAAAAACAUGUAGUCCUCCCCUUUGGAAAUGAAGAAAUUCUGAGGAAGACCGUGGCAACUGUGGGGCCAGUGUCCGUGUCAGUGAAUGCACGGAAGCCCUUUAUUUACUAUAGAGGAGGAAUUUUCGUUGACUCAAAAUGCAAACCACGUUACACAAACCAUGCUUUAGUGUUGGUUGGAUAUGGACAUGAAAACCAGUCGACAGAAGAAAACCAAAAUGAAGAGAAGAAAUUCUGGAUUCUUAAAAAUAGCUGGGGUGUGGCAUGGGGUGAAAAAGGCUACAUGCGUAUUGCAAAGGACAGGAACAACCACUGUGGUAUUGCUACCUGUGCCGUCUAUCCUAUUCUGUAA